UAAGCAGCAUGGAAGAUGUCUGCAGACUGUUUAACGUUGUUGUGCAGUGCAACGAAAGCAGACAGAGACCAAGGUUUGCAAGAACUGCAGAAAUAUUUGCAUAAAGCUCAGAGCAACGAAAUAAAGCAUUUGGAGGAAUGUCUAUUUAAGAUUCUGGAGGAAAAGCCUUCUUCAUGGAGGUUCAAGCUUGGCGGUCUGCUAGGCAUCAAGUCGUUAAUUUCACACAUGAAGGAUGCACAAUACGAAGGAAGGGCAGGUUUCCGAGACAAGACUGUUGCGAUAUGUUUGGAUUUUCUGACGGACUCCGAAGUGAGAGUGCGCCUCGAAGCAGGUCAGGUACUGGGAUUGCUCUGCGCUUUCGACGGCGUUCAGAUAUAUGCAAAGUGCCACCCCCGCCUUGUCAACCUCAUUACAAGUAACCUUAGUUGUGAGAACCAGCAUGACAUCUCGAUCGAUGAGAGCAGAGAAUUGCAGAAUGAAGGACGGAGCGCAGCCAAAGUACUGAAUGACACUGCCCCUUGGCGUUUCUUGGAGACAAGCCUAAAGUGCUUACAAGCCAUUGCAGGGGGCUGUUCAAGUCGCUUCAGUCCAUACAUUGACAAACCUUUCAUCGAUUUGCUGAUGCCCGUUUUGGUGCACAUCAAUCGUUUUGUUCGUGAAGCUGGAUUUUGCCUCUUGUCAACAGUGAUUGGAUGCUGUUCAGGGCCAGAGACAGUGUUUUCUGUACAACAAUUAGGUCCUCAAGUGGCAAAAGGCUUGGCCAGCGGACUUGCUGACAAUUGGAGUCAGGUUCGUCUAGCAGCGUCAGAAGCCACACGAAAAUUUCUUCUCGCAUUUCCUACUGAAGAGGAGCGUCAAGCUUUCUUUCCUGUACUCAUACCACAAAUGUGCCUAAACAGAUACUAUACAGCAGACGGUGUUCGAAUAUACUCACAAGAGACUUGGAGGAGAAUAGCAAAGACAGAAGGGAGAGAACUGGUGCAACGAUACAUAGAUCCAGUGGUGGAGUAUUACAUAUCUCAAACAAAGGCUGACAAUCAUGCUGUUCGUGAGGCAUCCUGCACUUGCAUCGCAGAAUUGGCAUCCAAGAUCAAGCCGGAAGUGGUGCGACCAUACGUGACGAGGCUUCUGCAGACGCUCAUCAUCUGCUUUCAGGAUGAGGCCUGGCCUGUCAGAGAUGCUGCAUGUCUGGCGUGUGGCAGCUUCUUGCUCUCCUAUCCCCAGGAGUGUAGGGGUGCACUGGAGUCCCUCUACCCAUUGUUCUUCAACAACUUGGGAGGUUGCAUACUAUCCGUGAGGCAGGGAGCAGCUGUGGCACUCGCUAAUGUUGUGCGCGCAUACGGUGCAGAGGCAUACAGUGUCUUGGAACCAAAAAUCCGUGGAGGCCUCGCUGGGGUCCAAAACCAAGGAAAUGUACACUACGGCCAUUCAGAGUGGAUGGCAAGCACCAGGUGUGGUCAAACAGACUGGAAAUAUAACAGACCUUCGGAACCCUGGGAAGUGGCGGACGGAUGCAUCCACCUGGUUGCAGAAUUGGCGCAGAUACCGCAGAUGUCGCAAGAAGUGACACAGCUCCUGCCCCUUGUGGCACAGGCUGUCGGGCACAAGCACUACCUUCAUCACGUCACUCUACUGGAGACCAUGUGCAAGCAGUUGCCCAGUAUAGCAAGAGGUAUAAAUAAGAGGAACUUCAAACAACAUCUGGAGAAGUUUCUGGGCCCCAUCUUCUAUGGCUUGAGCUGCGAAAAUGGACUGACAUCGAGUGCAGCCAGCCAGUGUUUGAAUCAGUUGUCAGGUUUCCUUGGCCCAAGUAUACUCAGGGCACGGGUAGAGCAGUGGGACAGCAAGUACUUGGAACAGUUGGAUGCGAAUAUCCACAUUGCGGGACUCUGAAGCACGUCAAAUAUGUUCCUAUGUUCCUUUAUAUGGAUCCCUUUCACUCACUCGCUUGGAGGGGUGCAUAUCAAUUCCUAUACUUGAUACAGAUAACACUCCACUUUAUUGUGUACUGUAUGGAAAUAAAUUGAACACAGUAAGUCGA